AUGUAUGAUUUGAUCGUGGCUGAAGCGCAUAGAGCUUCUGGAACAGACCAGGCACCCCCAGCUGAAACGACCAAUCACGAAAGCGCAGCUGAAGCGUCCACUGCGUCUACUGCAUCCACUCCCCCUCCAGCUCAACCCGGAGAAGUCUUGAGGAGCGCGGAGGUCGGCGUCAGAGUGAGGAGAGGGCCCGAUUGGGAGUGGGGCGACCAGGAUGGGGGAGGCGUAGGCACUACCGAAGAGGAUCCGGAUCCAGGCUGGGUGAGAGUCCGGUGGGACCACAGCAGGCGCCGGGGGGCUUACCGUGUGGGCCUUCGUGGGCUGCAUGACUUGAUUGUGGUCGAGCGCCCGGGCGCCAACUCGACAUCUAGCUCUGGCCCGAUCCAGCGAUCCGCUGCAGUACAACCUGGAGAAGUUCUGAGGUCUGCUGUCGUGGGCGUCCGAGUGAGGAGAGGACCUGGUUGGGACUGGGGCGACCAGGAUGGAGGUGGCCUUGGAACCACAACAGGUGAAGGAGGCCUUGGUGUGCUGGUCACAUGGGAUCACGGCGACCGAAUGAACAGCUAUCACAUAGGUCCUGACAGAUAUGACUUGAUUGUAGCGGAAGCACAUGGAGCUCGAGGGAGGGAGGGGGCAGCAGCUGCAGCCUCAUCCCAAACCACUGCUCCGGCAGAGCCAGAAGGAGGCCAUGAUGAGCAGUGGCUGGACAUGGAGGAAGCCACUGGCAUGCAGUGCCCCAUAUGUUUCUGUGUUCCGCGGGAUGCGUUGGCCCACGAGUGUGGGAACCUCUUCUGUGAGAUCUGUUGGACCAGAUGGAUUGCACAGAACAGCAGAUGCCCAGUUUGCCGUGAGGAUGGGGUCAGCAUUGCCAAGGCUUUCCGUGAUCAGCGCAAGAUCCUGAACCUCAUGAUCAGAUGCCCCCUGGGUUGCGAGGAGACUUUUCGGCUGGGUGACAAGGAGGAGCAUGUGUCCCAAUGUCCCAAGCGCAAGGAACGAUGCAGCUUAUGUGGUGAGGAGGUUCUGGCCGAGAUGAUGUCUGCUCACCACAAGGACGAGUGCAAAGCGCGCCCAACUCCCUGUGAGCUGUGCGGAGAGCAGGUCAAGGUGGACCAGCUUGAAGCUCACCUGGCGGCCAACGUGGGAUCGCACAUGCUGGUCCUCUUGAAGGAGAACAAAUCUUUAAAAAAGGAUAAUGAGUCUUUGAGGGUAAGAGUUCAUGAGCUUGAGAGGCAACAGCCCGGAGUCACGCUUCGUGCGGCAGCCAGUGCCACCCAAGCAGUUUCCAUGUCCACCUCGCCCGAAGGUCUUCCAAUGGUCUUCCCCAGUGGCGCUGUGGGUCAUUCUGGAUGGAUCCUGCCAUGGAGGCCGCUGAGCGGCUUGCGGCAUGUGGCACGCGCCGUGCCCUCAGUGCUUCGCGGUCAGGCCUUAAGGUCUGCGGAGGUGGGCAUUCGGGUGAGAAGAGGUCCUGAUUGGGACUGGGAUGACCAGGAUGGAGGAGGUCCAGGCACCACGGUGCCAGGUGCUGACGAAGAUGGCUGGGUCAGUGUGAGGUGGGAUGCCGGCAGCGAAUUCAAGUAUCGAGUUGGUGCGGGCGGGAACUAUGACCUCAUCAUUGAUGGAGCCUCCUCUCCAGCAUCACCGGCUGCAGCUCGAAUCUUGAGGUGUGCGGAGGCAGAUGUUCGAGUGAGGAGAGGAAGGGAUUGGAAGUGGGGUGACCAGGAUGCGGGAGGGCUUGGCGUGACCCUGGGCAUGGAUGGCGUCGGGCCUGGUUGGGUUACAGUGAGGUGGGAUCAAAGCGGUGCCAGAGGAGCGUAUCGUGUGGGGGCCUUUGGCAAGUUCGAUCUCUUCGUCGUUGAAGCCGAUGGAGCUGCUGCCCAACAGGAGGUUCAAGGCGCCGGCGGAGUAUCACCACAAGUAAGCUCUGACGCUGACCAGGAGUUGAUGAUUGAAAUCUCAGCCGCCACUGCCGCAGCCUACUCCCGUGCGAGCAGCGCGGCGGUGUCGGCGGCCAGUUCACACAUGUCGGCGCCGUCCGAGCCUCUUCAGCCAGUUCCACAUCCAGAUGGUGGGCACGAUGAGCAGUGGUUGGACGUGGCGGAAGCCAACAGCAUGCAGUGCCCCAUUUGUAUGUGUGUCGCGCGGGAUGCUUUAGCACACGACUGUGGAAACCUCUUCUGCGAUCUAUGCUGGACUCGAUGGAUUGCCGAGAACCCCAGUUGCCCCGUAUGCCGCGAGGAUGGGCAAGGCAUUGUGAGGGCGCCCCGUGAUCAACGCAAGAUCCUGAAUCUUAUGAUCAGGUGCCCGCUGGGCUGCGAUGAGACCUUUCGCCUGGGCGACAAGGAGACGCAUGUGGCUCGCUGCCCCAAGCGCCCGGUGCGAUGCAGCCAGUGUGGCGGGGAGUUCCUGGCAGAGAUCAUCGCCGUUCACCAGCAGGACCGGACGAGUGCCCAGCACGCUUGGUGCCUUGUGACCUGUGCGGGGAGCAGGUUCCGCUGGACCAGCUGGAAGCUCACCUGCUCUCCAACCUGGGGUCGCACAUGUUGGCCCUACUGA